CUUUUCCCAACAAACAAACUCAUAUUUCUCUUGGACCAUCGGGGAGACAUCGGAGACGAGGCUCAGCUCAAUUCCGUCCGGACUGUGGCCGCAGCCUCAUUGCUUUCAAUCCUUCAAUCCCCGCGAUGCGUCCCCGCUGAAGCACGUGGUGACUUGAACCAGGAGCAAGUGAUAUUUGGGUCACGGCUUGGAUAGAUCCGGCUUGGUGGACUUGCCUUUUGAACGAUACUAUCUCUCGUUGCAGACUGCGUACCUCGGGAUCAUCUCUUCCACCUUGAUGGAGGAAGCCACGACACCAUCUUCGUCUGAAUCAUGUAGAAUACCUUUAUCACAGUUGGCCAAAAAACACCUAUUUGAACCUGAUAUUAGUGAGCUAGCCAAUCCAGUGAUUACGAAGUUAUGCGUACCACACGGCCAUCCUGAGCUUGGACCACGUGGAUGGACGGCAGGGCCAUCUUUCUCAGCUCGUUGUUAUCAACCUCCCACACCUGGGCCCAGACUUGAUGAAGCUUCAACCCUUGGGACACAUAUGAUAUCCAAAGGUUUAGGCUAGGAGAAUCAUGAGGUUGAAUACGCUCCAAUGCCUCUUGGGUAUCUUGAAUGGGGUACUAAUGUUUUGAAGAAAUAUCAUACCCAUCUGAAGGGGAGUGAGGAAGGUGUGGAUUACGUCUAUGGAGCCAUUUAUUGCUCUUUAGGCGGCUAUUAUGUCUCCCCUUCUCUUUUAAGGUCUUUAUUGGAGAGAUGGGAUCCCAACACCAACACGUUUUUGUUCUCGUCUGGCGAGCGUACAGUCACACUUCUUGAUAUGCAUCAGAUCGCGGGGUUGCCCCUUGAUGGUGAACCUUAUGAAGAAUAUGUUCCCCUAGCUGAUGAGUUGGAUCCUUCGACUCUUUUGUACCCCAACUUCCUGCCUCGGCUCCUAGAAAUUUGGACCAAGCUUGCUGUGGGUGGCAAAGUAGGUUUCAAGAAAUGGUGUGACUUCUUUCACAAUAGUGGAGUAAACUCCUUUGCUACCAAGAGUUUAGAAGACCAGCGCGUGUACACUGCGGCUUUUCUUGCCAUAUGGCUUUGCCGCUACGUCGUUGUUGGUGGUGGGCCAUAUAUUCGCCCUGGGGUAUUAGUGAUGGUGGCAUGGAUUUCCCUAGGAUGACGCAUCUCUUUGGGCCCACCUGCUCUUUGCUCCCUUUAUUACCCACUUCGGUGAAUUUGUACUCAUCCGAUUGGCCCCUCAUUCAUACAUAGGAUUUGGCCGGUCCACUACCUUGCUGGAUGGAUGGGCGUGUACCUCAAGAAACCCUAUGGAAACAGAGCAAAAAUGCCAAAUUUCCCGAGCUCCAGAAUUUUGGUGGUACAACCUAAUAUGGUGAACACCAUGUUUAAGUCGCCACGUCAUUUUACUCCUAAAGAGGCACAUGCUUUCCUCGAUGACUCUAAGAAUAUUGUUUGGAACCCCUAUUCUCUCACUAUGGAAGGUGUGUUCAAACCCAAGAGGGCUUUCUUAAUUUCUAUUCGUCGAGGCAUGCUGCCGUGGAGGCGUGGUACUAUCACCGCCGAUGUGUGUAUAGCUGAACCAUAUCACCCAGAUCGAGUGGCACGACAAUUUCGUCUUGACCAAGUUGUACCCUUUUCUCCUCUAGCGAGCCUGUAUACUCAAGACGAAAUUGGAAUUUCCUAUGCUUUUUGGUCACACCUAUUAUCCUUGGCCCCCGAAGAAUUCCACUAUUUUCCUGACGAUGAUCGAGUUGGGAACUCCUCUGUAGCAUGGGCUAAUUGGUGGAAAAAAUUUCUAAAGCCUUUCGCCGACAUUCUGGACCAACUUUGCAAUGGCAACAUGACUGGGAAGACCCCUUAUGAUGUAAGGAUAAAAAAUAAGCGUGUACUACAACACAAUAUCAGGCCUCGCCCGUUGUCUGAUAAAGAUUUUAUGGUGGUGAGGAGAGUAUCUAUGGAGCACCGUGACCAACAUGUUCAGUCCCUUGAGAAGGCAGAAACGCCUAUUACAGAUCAAUGGAGACUAGUCCUCUAUAAUUAUUUAAAUGAUGUUGUUGCUGCUCAACCGGUGAAGUCUAAAGAGCUACGGCGAGGUAACGUAGUGAAACAGAAUGCCAUAGCUGGGUCCUCCUCCGCUCAUCCGCUAUCAGUGGAUAAUGAUAUCUCAGACACUGCCCCAUCCGCUAGCGGAAAGAGACGCAGACAAUCUACACCGCCUCAUGUGGAACAGGAAGCAAGGCUGCCUUUGAAGCGUAAACUUGAUUUCGCCCAAGCAUCCAAUUUUUCUGAACCAAUAACAUUGGAUGGUCCGUCCUUAGAUGUUGAAUUCAGUAACUUUGUUAGUGAUGAAGAUUUUAGCCAUGUUCUCACGGGAGAAAAGGACCAUGGCCUUGGUGACCUCUUCGAUUUAUCCGUUGAGGAUUGUACCUUUGGCGAGUGUGGCACAAGUCGUCUACCUGAAAGCACCAUUUUAUUUAAGAUGUACCUGAGAGGGUCUGCUCUCGAUACGAGGUGUACAAUAUGCUCUAACAUGUAA